UCGACUCGUCGUCGUCACUCGUGUUGUGGCGCUGACGAAGUGCAUACAGUAGUUGUUCCUGUUUCAUCGGUCAAUCACAGUCAGUGCCGGCAAGUGGUGGGUGUGUACGUUUGGUUCUUCCGGUCUCGGUACAGAGGAAAAAACAGGCGCUCGAGCUCUCUCGCCGCAAACACCAGUCAUGGGCGGAUAUGCAUGGGUCACACUGGCUACAAACGAUGCCUACUCUUUGGGAGCACUGGUCCUGGCGCAUUCUUUACGUCAGGUCGGCACCAAGUACGAUCUAGCUUGUUUGGUCACGCCCGGAGUUACGGCGACGAUGAGGGAAAAAUUGGCGGCAGUAUUCUCCGUAGUGCAGGAAGUUAACGUUCUUGAUUCGAAGGAUGAGGCAAACCUUGCUCUGCUGGCUAGACCAGAAUUGGGCAUUACUUUUACCAAGUUACAUUGCUGGAGGCUAACUCAGUACGAAAAGUGUGUAUUUGUUGACGCAGACGCACUUGUCGUGCGAAAUUGCGAUGAAUUGUUCGAGCGCGAGGAAUUAUCGGCCGCACCGGAUGUCGGUUGGCCCGACUGCUUCAACUCCGGAGUAUUUGUCUUCAGACCAUCUCAACAAACAUUCGCAUCAAUCACCGCAUUCGCUGCCGCUAAGGGCUCGUUCGACGGAGGCGACCAAGGCUUAUUGAACAUGUAUUUCAGCGACUGGGCUUCCAAGGAUAUCUCCAAGCAUCUACCGUUCAUUUACAAUAUGUGUUCCACUGCGACGUACUCUUAUCUUCCUGCGUUUAAACAAUUUGGCGAAGAUGUGAGAAUAAUACACUUUAUCGGCAUAACGAAACCGUGGUUACAGUAUUUCGAUACCCUAACUGGUAUCGUCCAACCGCCAUCAGGAGUCGGACACUUGCAACCGCUGUUACAACUGUGGUGGAACAUAUUCUGCGAACGAGUGCAUCCCCAGCUGUCGAUCUCUAUGGCCAGCAGCACAUUGGCUCCAAUUUGGCACGCAUUUGCUUCCUCGUCCUACGUACCUCCCAAUCCCGCGGUCUCCGUUCACUCUGACGCGACGAGCAGCGACGUUUAUUCGCGAGCGCCGGAUUUCUCCGAGUUUAAAGAUCCCUGGGAGCAGUACUCUCCGCAGAACGAUUCGUUUCUGAAUAACAACAAUACGAAGAGCGACAAUUGCUAUUGCGCGCCGCAACACAAUCAGCAAUCACAUCACGAGCAACAGCAUUCCUCUUACACAUCGGCACCGACGUACAAUCAGCAGCAAUAUGCGCGCAACGAACAACAUUGGCAGCACGCGACUUCUUCUCACUCCGGCGAGAAUUACAACCAAGGUCAUUCCGCGCAACACACUGAGCAUCAUCAUUGGCACGAACAUCACGGCAAACAGCGCCAGUGGAACGAGCAGAAACACCAUCAUGAGCAACAUCAGCACCACGAGCAGAGACACCACGAGCAUCAGCACAAUGCGCAGCAUCAGCACAAUGCGCAGCAUCAGCAUUACGAACAGAGACACAAUGAGCAACGUCAUUACAACGAGCAGAGGCAACAUAGCGAGCAUCAUCAACACUCCGAUUCUCAUAGAAACAAAGCGGACGAUCAUCAGCACGAACCGUUUUACGGACAUUACGAUAAUGAGCGCCAAUCGUGUUCCGCUGAAGUGAAACACGAAGUUCACGCGCAACAUCAUGCUAAUGAUAGCAACCAAGCUAGUCAUCAGGAUACAAACUAUCAGAAUUAUUCGCAAAGUAGUCACGUUACGGAUAAUGAGAGUCAACAUUGUUAUCGGUGCAACGAGAUGAGUAGCGAACAGUCGUUGAAAGUUGCGAACCAGACAGAUACACGGAGAAUCGAUUCCCAUCCCGUCCCUCCCGCACCUUGUACAGAUCUCCACAAUGUAGCCACGCGAUCCGACCCGAACGUAACGGAACAUCUAGACGAUGCAAAUACGGGUCUCGCCGGUGCGCUGGCUCAACUAACGCUGGGCGAAGCGAGGAGCGCCGAGCAACUGGCGCUGGAGGAGCACGUGAGGAAGCAGAGCUGGGAGCAGGGGCAUAUUGACUAUAUGGGUCGCGACAGCUUCGACAAUAUUUGGAAGAAGAUCUGCGAGACGCUCUCCGUCGCGCCGCAACGGGAGCCAACUCCGCCUCAGGAGGAUGUACCUGAAGCUGCUGCUAAAGCUGCUGAUGAGCCUGCUGAGACCGCUACACCUGUUGAAGCGGACAAACCAGCCGUCGAGGCGGAUAAGGAUCCAACGCAAUCUCUAGUAUGCAAAGUUCCCGACGAGACGCUUUCGGUGGCACAAUCUUCCGAGGGAAAAGCACCUGCAUCACUUUCCGAAGAGAAUGCCACGGUAGAAACUGCCGCGACAAAGGAGCCAGCGCAACCGGCCGCGGCGGAAGACGCUUGUGCGAAACUGACGACCGAUCCGAAGGACGUGAUACCGUGCGAAACGAGUACUGAAGUGCCUUUGCCGAAGCCGCCCGUAGAAUCGCCGCCCGUAGAACCGCCGUCCGUGAAAACAAUAGAGCAAUGUCAACUGUCAAGCGUGCAGACGACGCAGGAAGCGUCGUCUCAAGGCGAGAGUCUUCUUCUCGCAACGAAAGAACCGCAACAAGCUGACUCACAGACGUCCGCGUGUCUUCUUUGCAAAAAGGAAGAUACGUCUGUCACGCGAACUGACAGCGCGUCAGCACCUACCGAGGCGAAAUCAGAGACCCCAACUUCCACUACUCGAGACACAACGCAGCCCACCACAGCCGCUCCAAUUAGCGCGGACAGUCCGCAGAGUGUCGUUGUUCCUCCUGUGACGAGCCAAGCGUCGGUUGAAGACGCGGCUAAACGCGCAACCGAUGUGACACAGCCUCUCACGAUAGAUCCGAGCGAGCGGCACGCAGAGAUACUGCUGGCGGCUUCCGAGGUUUCCACCGUGAGUCCCGUGCCCAUUCAGGUGGCGGAAUCGGUUCUACAGGCGGAACCCAAAGAGUCUGUAUCAGGCGCGACCGUGAGCGUGAGCGACCAAGCAAUCUCUACAACGGUCACGGCUGUGCACGAAUCCACGGAUGUCGCUGCAGCGACGACAGCGGAACGCGUUCAAUUGAACGGAUCAGUUUGCGAGGCCGAGCGAGCCGGCGAUGUCGCGGCAGUUGUGGCUGCAGUUUCUAGUCUUCCGGAAAAGACUGAUGCUCCUGCCGAGCCGACGAAGGAACCACCGAGCGAGUCAGCAACGACGAGAGAUGCGCCUUCGGAGACACUGUCGGCUGCUGAAAAGAAGGUUGAGUCUAGUAACAGUGCGCUGCCUCCGGAAACACCGUCUGCAGAAGUGGAGAAAUUAACGGAAUCCGCAAAAACAGAAACGAAGCCUCCGGAACAGAUCGCGAAGACGGAAGCGGCAGAAGUGGAACCUCCGGAGCAGCUCGCGAAAGCAGAAGCAUCGGGAGAAAAAGCCGCGGAAGCCGAGACAACGGAAGCAGUUGCGGAACAACCGGAAACAGCGGAAGAUGCAUCGAGCAAAGCUUCAGACUCACCGGUCGCCGAGCAAAGUCCACCGAAAGAGGAACCCACUGAAGCGAAAAUAUUGAAUAUCCCAUCCACGCCGACUGUGAUCGAGGCCACACCGCCGACCAGUCCGUCCGCGGAAAGCGCGCAAGAGACGGAGGAGAAAGUCGCGAAGAAGAGCCUGAAGAAGUCCGAUUCAGCGGACGGGGCGGACGGCGAGGGCGCGGACAAGAAGGCGACGAAGAAGACGGUGAAGAAGGUGGUGAAGAAACCGAAAGCCAAGCCCGAGGAGGCGGCUUCCUCGCCGACAAGCGCGGACGGUGCCGUCGCGGACGGCUCGCAGAGCAAGACGAAGAAAACCGUGAAGGUGGUGAAGAAAACCGCUACGAAGACCUUGGAAACCGACACGAGCGUGCCGGAGACACCGCCGCCGCCAUCGUCAGCCAGCGCCGAUGCGCCUGUUCCGCCCAAGCGAAAGACGAAGAGCAGCACCGCGAGCGCGAAAGGAACGACUGCCAAGAAACCCGAGACGGAAGAGUGAUCGGUCAAUUUGAAUUGACAAUAAUAAUCUCGGGCGCAAUGCGGAAGUCUGAGAAACGGGCGAAUAUCCGGGCGAUGAGAAGGAAGUCUUUGACGCUGGACGCGCGUAUGCGCAUGGCGCGGGAAUAUAUCGGAGUUCUACGAGGAGAACUUUAACCCUUUCGAGAUUCUGCGUUUUUCAAAGACUGACAACAAAGUGUUGAGUUACACGAUUAUUACUUUAGCUUGUUGAAAUGUUUGAUUAUGAUUUCAGAAAGAUUAAUAAUAAGAUUAAAUUUGUAUCAAACAUUUUUGCGUCAAAUUGUUCCUUUUUCUUAUAGUUUUCUUAAUAUGUUUUAUGCAACGUUCCGCUCAACGGCUCGAUUAGCGAGCUCCGAUAAAUUUUGCUCAAAUAUAGUUGAUAAAAUUGUUGUGACAUCACCGAACGCCGCUUCGGAAGGGUUAAAGGGCACUGACACUAGAAGAUUACACUUGCUAGUCUGUUACGGUUUUUGAUACUUUUAAUAUAUCUCGCAAGAGUUUCUAUAUCGCCGUUGAGCUCGAUACCGCGCUCGCCGAAGGUAUCGAGCGCUACCGAGAAUUUAAUCGAUGUCGCAAUGAAUGAAUCAUAUUUUUUUUUUAUUAUCAACGAUAUACCACUCGCUACUCCCAUAUAAUGUAUCCCUAUCUGUCUUCUUAUGUAUCGUAUUUCUGCAAUUAUCAUUUCCUCAAGCCGACAUUACUCGGGCGGGUUCUUGCACACUAUAGAGAACAUACGGGAAACGCAAUCUCAUCGGGUGUGUCAUCCGAGCAAUGAGAGCUUGAAUAUCUUAUUAAACAAGCAUUUUAUUAUAUUUUCUUCGCUUUAAUGCAUUCGAUAGAAUGUAUUUUAAGAAUAAA